UCUCCUGCAGAUUGUAGACGCGCAGCAGCCGGCAGUUCUCAGCUCUCUCCUACGCCGCCGCGUCCUUCAUUCUUUUCCGCAGUUGACAAUGGCGUAUGCGGCUGUGAAACAGACGAAGCCGGGGUUUGAGGAGCCCCAGGAAGAGGUUCAUAAGAUCCGCAUAACUCUGUCUUCUAAGAACGUCAAGAAUUUGGAGAAAGUAUGUACUGACUUGGUGCGGGGUGCCAAGGAUAAGAGGCUUAGGGUCAAGGGACCUGUGAGAAUUCCCACCAAGGUUCUCCACAUCACUACCCGGAAGUCUCCUUGUGGUGAAGGAACUAAUACUUGGGAUAGGUUUGAGUUGCGGGUGCACAAGAGGGUGAUUGACCUCUACAGCUCUCCUGACGUUGUCAAGCAAAUCACUUCGAUCACAAUAGAACCUGGCGUCGAGGUUGAAGUUACCAUAGCUGAUAAUUAAGAAUCAUCGCCACUGAUUCUUAAGAAUCACCAUUAUCAUCAUAGUACUUAUUUACUCUCUAUUUUGUGCAAUUUUGGAUGUCAAAGACUGCCUCUUCUCUUGGGUGGGCUCAAUUUGUUUGUUUUACUCAUGAGUUUUGACAUAUCGACAUUGUACCUGAUUUCCUUAAGUUAAAUUUGAUAGCUGAUCAUGCCUGUCGUACUA